AUUAAACCCAAAAGGUCUUGGUGGUGUGCUCUUGUGCCUUUGUUUAUCUGCGACACAUUCUUCACUCGAUGAUACGUUUCUGGAAUUGAACCUCUUCUCACAAUAUCGAUGGCUUACCAUACUCUUAAUCAGCUCUAUCAGACCCUUCGCUCCAAGACCGAAUCGGAGAAGAUUACGGCUGAAGAGGUCAAUUCCAUUCUCUCGUGCCAUCUCAAAGUUCUGCGGGUAGCUGGGUUUGCCUCCGGCAUUGUAGGAUGUCUUGCUUGGUCAGCGGCAAGAAAGCUGACAAACCUUAGAGGACUUCAGCGGUUCGGUCUUGCCGCUGGAACGGCCUUUACAGUGUUUAUUCCUGCUGUGGACUGGGCGAGUGCUAAAACAGCGGUUUCUUUCCUUGAUCAUAUCCUUGGACAAGAUGCAACUCGGAUGCAGAAAGAACUAGUGAACCUCUUAGUCAGGUACAAUCAUGGUGAGGCUUGGAGUUGGAACCUCAUGUCUAAGUAUUUCUACCCGGAAUCAGUUUACAUCGAUGAACUGGACAAGCCUCAGAUGAGAUGGCGUAGACGGAAUACUUCCUAUGACUCUGUCUUGCCUUCUCGUGAGACGAAUGAAGCCAAACCUAGUAACCACAGUAGAAGCAGUCCCCCUGGCUCAGAUGUUUCAGUGACUAAACCGAAGCCCCAGAAUAGCUCACAGGGGAACUCGGAUAAUGAGAUUGCAGAAGAUCCAUUUCUCUGUCUAUUUGGUGGUCUAGAAACAACAGAGAGUGACCAUUCACAGGCUGACCAGAGCGGAUCAAGCAAAGCGCAAACGAGGAAGCAGAGAAGAGCUCAUCGGAAACAGAGACUGAAGAAUCGAGAAGCCUCGGGACACAGUCCUGCGUAGUGGACAUGACAAAGAACAAUGCAAGCUUCAAACUUGAUUCUUGAAUUGCCGUAAAAGAUGAAGCGGUAAACAAUGUCUUUUGGUUGGUACUAUUGGGCUCAUGAAAUUUCUUGUGAAACUCACCCAAAUUCUGUCGACUUGACUGUAAUCAGAGAGGUGGGCUAAAGUAUUUUCAAAUUUCCCCCUAUGUUGCGUCCAAAUUAAGGUGAAGAAGACGAAAAAAUUGGAAUGUGGGUCUUGAUGGAGAAGACCCUCAAACAAAUUACACUCUGUGAUCAUGAUGAUGUCUCCAAUGGCUUCUUGCCAAGAACUGUUUCAACGUACCCCACAACAGCAAGAACGGGAGAGAGAGAGAGAGAGAGAGAGAGAGA